AUGUCUUUAGCCAGAGCGUUUACGACCCGCCGGGCCAAGGUCUUUGGGGGCGGCGACUCAGAGGGCAAGCCAUCCAGGAGCCAUACCGUCAAGGGAUCUCUCAGCGGUCCCAUUCGAAGCAAGAUCUCGGGACCAGUCGAGUUGAUCCACACUACCAACAUGCUUUCUUACAAUGCCCCGGACAUCCAGAAGGAGCCCAAGACCGCUGUAUCAACGUCGUCCUCUUCAAUUCGAUCUGAUGGAAGUUCUGACCACAUCCCGACUGGAGCCUCUUCACCUCUCACAAGCCCAGACUCACCUUUCCCCCGUGAGGACAAAGACACCAAAUUAUCUUCUACUGCCGAGCCGAACCACCUUUCAUGCUACUUCACUCUCCCUGGCCAGUCUUCCGUGCCAACACCAGAGGUGCCAUCCAUCCCGAAGCGGUCUCCUUCGCACACAAAGAGAUCUUAUGAGCCCCUGGCCCGGAAACCAUCCGUCUCGAGGCUCGCAGAGUCAAAAUCCCAUGAACCCCUUGGCCGUAAACCUUCUGUCUCGAGACUAUCAGAGCAUUCCAGCCGGACCGUCUCCACCAAAGGGAGCUUCAGUUUUUCCCGGUCAUCGUCCGCCUCAACCAGUACGACGGCUAGCAGCCACCACUCCAUCGGCGGACAGCAAGUUCCUAAAACAUCGCCCAUGGCACCUCCACCUGUCCCCGCUGCGCUGUCGACAUCUGCGUCAGGUCAACACCACAAGGAGCCCGCCAGCGAAUCAUCCCACCCAUUCGGCCAAGAGCUGGCACAGGUGACGGAGCUGGCCGAGGAGUAUGCCUCCACGGCAGCGGACAAGAAGCGCGCCGCGGCAUCCAAGGAGGAGCAGGACUUAGCUGAUCUCGGCCUCAAAAAGUUCACACCCGAGGACUACAUCUCUGAGAUCCAGAGCCUCUUCGCUACAUUCUUCAGCGAGACGACGAGGCAUGCGAGGGCCCCGGCUCCCCAGUGGAUUUGA